GCCAUCGAGAUGGCAUGUUUAAUACUCGAAUGUUGGUUGUUUCGAUAUAUCGUGAUCCAAUAAAAAGAACUAUAAAAACAAAAUAAUAGUUAUUGAUAUAUCAUAUGAUAUUAGUCUUUAUAAACCAGAGGUCAAUAUUUCUUUGUUUAAAAAUACAAUGCGUCAGUUUUUAUACAACAUAGUUUUUUGAAGUCUUGAAACAGCUUUUUUGUCGGUGUAUUUUAAAUUAAACGAGAUAAGAUUUCUGUGAUAUUAAAUCAGUAUUUCAUUAGUUGUUGCAUUACGUGUUUAGUUACAUACUUUUAUUAAAAUGUUUAAAAUUUUCGACAGUCCCUUAUUGCGACAAUACGCUGUUGUUAUUAUAGCAAACUUCAGCGUGCUCUGUACUGGCCUUAGCUUGGCGUGGCCAUCACCAGUCCUAGUGAAGCUUAGCAACAACAAUGAAACUAUAUUCUCUAAGCCGAUUACCGAAGAAGAAGGCUCCUGGAUAGUUUCAAUAGGCUUCCUGGUUGCAAUAUGUUUCAGUUUCCUGCCCGCCGUUCUACUUGACAGGAUAGGCAGGAGACAAUGUAUUAUCCUGUCGUGUGUCCCGAAGAUGAUCAUGUGUUUAAUAUUCACGUUUGCCACCGAAAUCUGGAUGCUCAUGCUGGGCCGAGUGUUUGGAGCAAUAGCAGAUACUUUUACAUUCACUGUAGUACCGACGUACGCUUCCGAAGUUGCUAGCAAAGAAAUUCGCGGUGCCUUGGGUACUAUACUGCAAAUACUAUGCUCUCUUGGCAUCCUGCUGAUGCUGAGUAUUGGUCCGUUCACACCAUAUGUGACUCUCAAUAUGGUAUUUACAGGCGUCGUUGUGGUUCUAUCUAUACCACUCCUGUUUUUGCCGGACAGUCCCUAUUAUCUAUAUUCAAAAGGGCGGACAGAAGAAGCAUUAAAAGUUCUGACGUUCCUCCGAGGUUCCGAAGUAUUAGCAAAUGAAGAAAUAAAGGAAUACUCGUCCACAGACGACGUCAAACCAAACAUUAUUGAUAUAUUCAAAAAUAGACAAUUCCUAAAAGCAUUCGGAAUAGUUUUAGUAUUAACUACAGGCAGUCAAAUAAUCGGUUUCAAUGCAGUGACUUUUUAUCUGCAAACUGUAUUAGAAUCGACCAAAACCAGUGUUAAACCUGAGAUUGCAUCAGUGAUUAUCGGAUUCAUACAACUGAUUGCUAGUUUUUGUACUACUUUAGUAACAGAUAGAUUUGGAAGGAAACCUAUUUUGGGGUCCACAUUGGCUGGAACUGCUAUAGGAAUGAUUGGUCUUGGAAUAUUCUUCCGAAUCAGAGAAACUCACGAACAAAUCAGCGGUUUCAUGAAUUAUCUGCCAUUAAUAUCUCUGAUACUUGUUGUAUAUUGCUACAGUGCAGGACCAGGUUCAGUAAAUUGGCCAUUGUGCUCCGAACUCUUUGAUGGACCAUCUAGAGCCAUAGGGCUAACUGUCUCAGGAAUAAUAGGGUCUUUAACCCUUUUCAUGACCCUAAAAUACUUCGCCUUUGUGACAACAGCCAUAGGCGCACCGGCGACAUAUUGGAUGUUCAGUGUCAAUUGUAUAUUACUGUGUAUGUUCAUACUGUUCUGUAUCCCCGAAACUAAGGGACGAUCGUUCGCUGAAAUUCAAGUUUUGUUGGGACAGAAAAAAAAGAAUCAAGAUAAGGCUGAGAAAUGUUGAAAUGUAAUUAGAUUAUAUUUUUUAGGAUAAUAAUUAAGUGUAUUUAUUAUUAAGAUUACUUUAUAUUGAAAUAAAUAUUGGAUGAUAAUAAAAAUAUUUAUUUGUGCCAUACAUUAAUUCGUUUUGAUAUUUAGAAAUGUUGAAUGUUUUUCAAUCAGUAUAAAAUAUACAUUUUAGUGCCUAAUUUAACGUUUUACAUCCGACGGUCACUGGUCACGCUUCCUCGCACGGUGCAAACAUUGAUGAGUAUGAUUGUAUCGGUCUCGGUGUUUUCUAUGUAGGUAUAUAUAUUUUUUUUUAAUGGAUGAUAAUGGAAUGUUGCCCCCGCCUGCGCUAAUGGUUUACGCUGGCGGGGCACCAGUGGAGGAUGAUAAGAUGAGCAAGAGGUCAGGUCAGUUAGCCCAUCGUGACAAAUUCACCAGUAAUUGAUCACAAUGGU